ACUCACUAGUCUGUGCUUGCUGCUGUCGUCUGAUGAUGUGUGAUUGUUAAUUUCGUAAUUCGUCAAGUUUUAGUUUAAACAUAAAUAAAAUAACCUUAUAGAGUACAUCAUUACUAUGUCUUGAUAACAAUUAACUCAAUAAUAUUAUAACUAUGAACUUUAACGCUUCAAGAAAUGUAGGUCAUCCUGGACCCCGGAAGGCAAAGAGAGUAAGCGAUGUGUCUGCAAUGGGUGCACCUACGCCGGCUCCUCCAUUUAGUCCUAGUCCCGGGAUCAGCAGCGGGUUUCCUCCUGUAGGACCUCCACCACCCUAUCAACAAGGGAUCCAUAUGGAUCAAACACCAAACUUUGGACACCAAGAUCCUGCUGGAAGCUUUAGUUAUCCAGGUACUUUCACUAACACUCCUAUGGCAUCCCCCAAUCAAAUUGGGUCUAUGCUUCAGCAGCCAGUAGUUCAGGAUAUGGCACUGCAGUAUGGCAAUCAACUAGCAGCACAGGGACGUGAGGUGGUUAAGCGAGAGCUUGAUAAAUAUGUGCCAGUGUCUAGAUUAAGAUACUACUUUGCUGUAGACACCAGAUACGUUUUGAAAAAACUUCUUCUUAUUGUAUUUCCAUUUACACAUAAGGAAUGGAUGAUGAAAUAUGAUCAAGAAACGCCAGUGCAACCACGUUAUGAUAUAAAUGCACCAGAUCUAUACAUACCAUCUAUGGGCUAUGUCACUUAUGUUCUCCUUGCAGGAUUUAUGUUAGGUCUCCAACACCGCUUCUCACCUGAACAAAUAUCAAUUCAAGCAUCUAGUGCACUAGCAUACAUAAUUUUUGAAAUGGUGUUAUAUUUAGCGACAUUAUACAUCACAAAUACCAGCACUCAGCUGAAAACCCUGGAUUUACUGGCAUACUCCGGGUAUAAGUACAGCACAAUGAUUUGCAGUCUGCUGGCUGGUUUGCUACUGGGUGGAACAGUCUAUUAUUGUGCCUUACUUUAUUAUAGUACAGCACUGUCUUAUUUCCUUGUUAAAACACUGAGGCUACAAAUUCUUUCUGGAUCACCAGCACCUGAUACUAGCUACAAUUACUCAACAUACAAUCCAGCCAACCCCUAUACAGACAACUGGUCUAAGUCUAGCGGUGGGGGUGGGACAAAGCGCAGAGUAUAUUUUCUGCUAUUUGUAGCUAUCACUCAGCCACUUCUCUCGUGGUGGCUCACUUAUCAUCUCAUACCUCCAUCUGUUGUCACUCAGGCCACAUAACAUACAAUAACUAGUUAGCUGAUGGAUGUAGGUUUCCUUAAAAGUAACACUAACACAACUCUGUUACAACAGACACUUUGCUAGCCUAAUAGCUAGACCUAUAUUUCAAUCAAUUAAUUAUUACAUACCAAUAAUAAUGAUCCACCCGUGAGUGUUUCUAACAUGAGCAUAUUUAAGACUGCAAAUUUCAGGUUACAUCAAUCAUUAUUAAUUAUAAGUUUGAAUGUUGGUACUGUUUUAUAAUAAAUGUUUAUAAUUA